UCGGGAGGGGCAACUCGGACGCCAGGCUCCGCCUCUGCCGGCUCUCAGUGGCCGCGCAGGCGCAAUCACUCCUGGUUGUACUGCUGCGGCCCGGCCGGGCGGGUAAUAACAGAUGCGGGUAAAAGAUCCAUCCAAAGUUUUAUCUGAGAAAGGCAAAAGAAAUAAAAGGCCUUCGAUACCUCAUGAUGAAGAUUCUUCAGAUGACAUUGCUGGAGGUUUAACUUGCCAACAUGUAAGUCAUGCUGUUAGUGUGAAUCAUGUGAAGAGAGCAGUAGCUGAGAAUCUAUGGUCAGUUUGUUCAGAAUGUUUAAAGGAAAGAAGAUUCUAUGAAGGACAGCCAGUACUUUCUUCAGAUACUUGGUUGUGCCUCAAGUGUGGUUUUCAGGGAUGUGGUCAAAAUUCAGAAAGCCAGCACUCACUGAAGCAUUUCAAGAGUUUCAGAGCAGAGUCCCAUUGUAUUAUAAUUAGUCUGAGCACAUGGAUUAUAUGGUGUUAUGAAUGUGAUGAAAAAUUAUCAACGCAUUGUAAUAAGAAGGUUUUGGCUCAGAUAGUUGAUUUUCUCCAGAAACAUGUUUCUAAAACACAAACAAAUGCAUUUUCAAGAAUCCUAAAACUUUGUGAAGAAAAAUUUGAAGCAGGUGAAAUAAAGAAGGGAAGAAAAGGCAGCAGUGUACCAUCUGUAAAAGGAAUUAUAAAUUUAGGAAAUACUUGUUUUUUUAAUGCAGUCAUUCAGAACUUGGCCCAGACUUACAUACUUUUUGAGCUGAUGAAUGAGAUAAAAGAAGAUGGUACAAAAUUCAAGAUUUCUCCUUCCUCAGAGUCUCAGUUGGAUCUAUUAGUGGUGGAACUUUCAAGCCCUGGACCGCUGACUUCAGCCUUGUUCCUGUUUCUUCACAGCAUGAAGGAGACAGAAAAAGGACCACUUUCUCCUAAAAUUCUUUUUAAUCAGCUUUGUCAGAAGGCACCUAGAUUUAAAGGUUUUCAACAACAAGACAGUCAGGAGCUUCUUCAUUAUUUGCUGGAUGCUGUGAGGACAGAAGAAACAAAGAGAAUACAAGCAAGCAUUCUAAAAGCAUUUAACAACCCAACUACUAAAACUGCUGAUGAAGAAACUAGAAAAAAAGUCAAAGCAUAUGGAAAAGAAGGUGUGAAAAUGAACUUCAUAGAUCGGAUCUUUAUUGGUGAAUUAACUAGCACAGUCAUGUGUGAAGAAUGUGCAAAUAUCUCCACUGUGAAAGAUCCUUUCAUUGAUAUUUCACUUCCUAUAAUAGAAGAAAGGGUAUCAAAACCUGUGCUUUUGGGAAAAAUGAGUAAAUAUAGAAGUUUACAGGAGACAGAUCCUGAUCAGUACAGUGGCACUGUUACUAUAGAAAAUACUCAACCCAGAGCUGCCAAGAAGCAUUCUUCAUCAAAAGAUAAGAAUCAACUAACUCAUGACAGAAACCAUAUAAGAAAAUUGUCAUCUGGGGAAGAGAAAACUGUUUUUAUAUAUCAGAAAAAUGAAAACCUUGAAACCAGUGGGGAGUUGUCAAUAUAUGCAAACAUCGUGAGUACUGAGUCGUCUCUGAAUGAAAGCCCUACGGAUGGUAGUGAAAAAGAAGCCUGUCAUUCUGAAAGUAGUGCUGAUGCAGACAGUGAGGCUUCAGAAUCUGAAAGUGCUUCAAAGCAGACUGUGCUACUUAGAUCCAGCAGUGAAUCCUGUAUGUACACAGAUGGGCACCUUCACCACCCAUCUGCAAGUGAACUGCCACACCCCAAGGAGACUGACAGUGGUGAUGAGGAAAUGGCUGAAGCAAUUUCUGAACUUUGUUUGAGCAGCACUGUAAUUGGAAAUAGAGAUUUUGACAGAGAAAGUCAGCCACCCAGUGUUUCAAGUAAUUUAUGUUUUUCAGAGGAGAAGCAUAUGAGGUCUCACAGUUCCCAGAAUGCUUUUCAGACCCUUUCUCAGAGCUAUGUAACUACUUCUAAAGAAUGUUCGGUUCAGUCCUGUUUGUACCAGUUUACAUCUAUGGAAUUACUAAUGGGGAAUAAUAAGCUUCUAUGUGAGAAUUGUACUGAAAAGAAACAGAAGUACCAAAAGGAAAAUAAUUCUGCAGAAAAGAAAGCAGAAGGAGUUUAUACUAAUGCCAGGAAGCAAUUGCUUAUUUCUGCUGCUCCAGCUAUUCUAAUUCUCCAUCUUAAAAGAUUCCAUCAGGCUGGCUUGAGUCUUCGUAAAGUAAACAGACAUGUAGAUUUUCCACUUACGCUUGAUUUAGCACCAUUCUGUUCUGCUGCUUGUAAGAAUGUAAGUGUGGGAGACAAAGUUCUCUAUGGUCUCUAUGGCAUAGUGGAACACAGUGGCUCAAUGAGAGGAGGGCAUUACACUGCUUAUGUGAAAGUGAGAGUACCCUCCAGGAAAUUAUUGGAACAUAUCACCGGAAAGAAAAAUGUAUCUGGUUUGAAAGAACCAGAUAGUGAAUCAGGAGGCCAGUGGGUCCAUGUUAGUGACACUUAUGUGCAGGUGGUUCCGGAAUCGAGAGCACUUAGUGCACAAGCUUAUCUUCUUUUUUAUGAAAGAAUAUUGUAAUGAUUUGUUUAAUGGCAGUGAUUACUUAGCUCACUUUUAUUUGAAUGCUGCAGUGGUAACCAUAUAUGUAAUGUGCCUUUAGUCUUCUCUUUUACAUUGGAAUAGCAUGUCACUCAAUGCUCCUUAACUUUUUCACCAUUUUGGUGAAUCCUUUUAAAGUAAACUAAAUUUACUCUGUGCUUUAAAAUUCAUAUUUUUAAAUGUAAAGAACUUUUUAAAAAAAUAUUCAUCUUUAGGGACAAAAUAAUCCAAAUUUUAGUGGUUGAGGAAGUCCCUUUCUGAUAUGGCUCAUUAUUACAAACAUUCAGAAAUAAUACUAGCUAAAUCAAAUCAUUCCUUAAUAUAGUGUUUCCUAAAUGCAUUACCACUUUCCAGAUCUCAUGUAACAUAUACUGUGCUAUAUUUACUAAUUUAAAAAAAAUGUUUUAGCCUUUUUAAACCAUGGUUUUGUUUUGAGCAAUCAUAUUUCACAUUUUAUGUACUUAUUUUUUCUAAUAAACAUUAAAAUAAAUUUAAAACUA